CAAUGUGAAAAGAAAUGUGGUUUUCAAAAAACAUUAAUCUAAGUAUUUGUUUUUUUAUUAAUGUAAUUGUAAUGUUUAUGUACAUUUGCAGGUUCUAUGAUUGUCGGGCAACGGUUACAAAGAAGAUGCAGAGGCUUCGGCUAGGACAAAACCGAGGAAAGCCUAUCAAGUUGCGAGAGUGGGAGGCGGAGCUAAGAGAUGUCCUUCUGGCAGAGGAUGUCCCUGGAUUCAGCAGCAGGGGUCAAAAUCAUAGAGCUGGUGAUCAAGAAACAUCAUCCUUGGAAGGAUCAGCUCCAACUCCAAGUACAUCCUAUCAACAACAUUCUGGUGAAAGCUGCAUUCAAGACCCUCCAGCAUCGGCUUCUGGCAGGACCAUUGCUCCUCCUCAGGAUCAGCAAUACCACCCUGAGAGGAGAGUACAGUGCAGCCCGCACUCUCCUGUUCUUCUUUUGGAGAGGCUGGAGAUUCAGCCAGAGAUUACCCCUAUCAUUCCCCAGACUCCUGAUUUCUCCCCCGGCCCAGAGGAGGAGCACAGAGGACAAGGUUCAUUCAUUCAGCCACCCCAUGCCCUGAUGCCACCUACUGCUGUACCGCCUUUCCCAACUGUGCAGGAGAUCAUUCUGAGGGAGCUUAUAGAAUUAAGGUGUGACAACCGAAAACUACAACGAAAGGUCAAAAGGCUUACCCGGCUUACCCAUCAGUUGAGCAGGCAGCAAACUGAGAGUUUUGAAAUAAUUUUGGCCCGGGCAAGCCAACAACACAAUUAGGCAUUGGACAGAGUAUAUUUUGUUUACUUGAAGAUAUUUCCAGACACAUUGCUCCAAUGCCUGGGAGCUACGAUGAACAUAUAACCAACAAAGACGUUUUGAAAAAUGAAGGCUAGACCUUCCUCUGCCCAUCUCAUCGCAAAUUAUUAUGCAGAAUCGAUCUUUUUACUGUUCCUUGAUUUUGGUAGAAACGUUUUCUUAUGCUGCCAAGUUACACCUACCCAGCAUGUGUGUUUGUAAUUUCUAUGAAAAUAUUUUUUUUUUUGUGAAUAUAAAACUAUUUUUGGUCUAA